AUGCCGUUGCCGGCUAGCGGCAACGGCCGCCUUCUAGGGCAAAAACCUGUACAAGGUAAAGCUAAAUCUGCGCUCGCUUCUACUCACCACGAUGAUUCAAAUUUCAAGACUGUCACAUAUAAAAAGAACAAAAAAUCUUCAAACAUGCUCAACGAGCCAGUCUCACCAAACCUUCAACACAUCAUAAAUAAUCAUCCUGUUCUCAAUAUAAACAACGAAGAUAAAUUUACAUAUGAUAACUCCAUGGCUACGUGCGACACUCUCGACGAUAAUAGUAUUAUCGAUAACGACGUAAUUAGCUCUUCACCAAAACCCGAUCAAGUUAUUACAAAUACUACCUUGUCGCAUUCUACAUUACCUGUUGCCACACAAACGAAACUUAUUACUGAUCAACAUCUCAAACACUUUGAGCCCAACUUCGACGGUACACCGGUAAUUAUCAUUGAGUUAAUCGACACUAAUACUUCCACCUGGCACCCGUUAAAGUGGGCUAAAUUGCUCAGUACAAACUUUUUUGGUAUUAAUAAUAUUAAACCAAAUGGUCACAAAAAAGUAAAAGUAACAUUCGACUCGACUUUUCACGCUAAUAUUUGCCUCGAUUCGCCUCUCCUAGCUGAACACAAUUUAUCGGCCUACAUACCCUCAACUCUAAUAUUUUCGUACGGAGUUAUUAAAUUGGAUACCUCCUUCUCAGAGGAGGAUUUUUUGGAAGGCGCAAAAUGUGUUGUACCCAUAAUUGGAUUCAAACGUAUUGUCGUCCACAGGGACGGUAACCCCACCCCUACCCGCAUUGUGGAAAUUAAAUUUUUGUCUACCAAAAUUCCAAAUUCAUUAUCAAUUUUCAACGUCCUCUUCGAUGUCUCGCCAAGCGUUCGUGCGCCUCUUCAGUGCAACAAAUGCCUUCGGUUUGGACACACUCACAAAUUUUGUCGCAGCAGUCCAAGAUGUAGUCAUUGUGGAGAAAACAAGCACUCCAUCGACCAGUGCCCGACCGUACAAGCCACUGAUCCUCGCUGCCUUUUCUGUCACCUCCCUCAUCUCGCCACUGUUCGCAAUUGUCAAGAAUGGGAUUUCCAACGUGACAUCAAAAAAAUCAUGGCCACCGAAAACAUCUCAUUCCGUGAUGCCAUCAACUUCAAAAAACAAAAUCAGGUUUCUUCAGCUUUUAGUUAUUCUAAUAUUGUUAAUAAACAGCCUAUGGUUUCUUCCAAAAAAAAAUUCCCCCUUCCCCCUCAAUCCAAUCAUCAACACUCGCCCAAUGUUACUGAAACCUACUAUACGCAUUCCCACUCUCCGAGAACUUCAAGGCACCAUUCCCCUCCCCGGGCUGUUAAACAUUUUAAACUCCCCACCCAAAAGAACUUUUCCCUUCCCAAUGGUUCAUUUUUGGAAUACGCGCAUAAUAGCCAAUCGAUAAAUGAUCCUACAAAUCAAAAUAAUGACCUCACAUGGGUAAAUACUCUUUCAACCAAUUUAACACAAUCAUUAAUUAAUGCUCCUCUCACUUCUCAAACAGCUAGUUCUCUUCAAAACCUAAUCGAAUCUUCUCUUCUCGCUAUUUUAGCAAUACCUAGUUUCCCUACUAUAUCUCCACCCUAA